AUGCCAACAAGUGGGUCAUCUGAGCUCAUUGGACCGUUGCCACCUUCAGAAGGAAACAUAUACUGCUUGACGUGUAUUGAUCGAUUUACGUGCUGGAUGGAAGUAGUUCCGUUGCAGAUCAUCACAGCUGAAACUGUAGGAAAAGCAUUUUACGAAAACUGGGUGAGCAGAUUUGGCGUGCCAGACAGUAUCAUAACAGACCAAGGAAGGCAGUUUGAAGCACGACUAUUCAGGAGCCUGAUGGCGAUGUGUGGGGCGAAAGUUCUGCAUACCACUCCGUAUCACCCACAAUGCAAUGGGAAGAUUGAACGGUUCCAUAGAACGUUAAAGACUGCUAUAAAGGCACAUGGCAACAGCAAGUGGACGGAAACCCUGCCCACAGUACUGCUGGGAUUAAGAGCAGCGCUGAGGGAAGAUACAAACCAUUCGGUGGCGCAAAUGGUUUACGGAACGAAUAUACGACUUCCAGGAGAAUUUUUCGAACAAUCGAAACAGGAGGUGGAACCUGAGUCUUUCGUAAGCAGACUCCAAAGCCACAUGGAUCUGUUAAAACCCGCUAAGUCGCAGAGAGGCAGGAAACAAAAGGUAUUUGUUCACAAAGAUUUAAAAGUGUGUUCUCAUGUUUUCCUAAGGGCGGACAGGAUUAAAAAACCACUGGAACCGGCAUACGACGGACCGUUUCCAGUGGCCAAGAGGCAGGACAAGUACUUUACGAUAAUGAUAAAAGGGAAAGAAGUAAAUAUCUCGAUAGACCGACUCAAGCCAGCGUACAUUUUGAAGCCGGAGGAAGAUUAUAGCGAAGGAAAGCCAAGCAAAUCGGAUGAUAGCGCACAACCCACUGUAUUAACACGCGUUAAAAGAACGAUUAGACUGCCGCUAAGAUUCCAAGACUGA